AUGGAUCCCGCCUCUGGUCCACCAGAACCAGAACCCCACAUGGAUCCCUCCUCUGGUCCACCAGAACCAGAACCCCACAUGGAUCCCGCCUCUGGUCCACCAGAACCCCACAUGGAUCCCGCCUCUGGUCCACCAGAACCCCACAUGGAUCCCUCCUCUGGUCCACCAGAACCAGAACCCCACAUGGAUCCCGCCUCUGGUCCACCAGAACCAGAACCCCACAUGGAUCCCGCCUCUGGUCCACCAGAACCCCACAUGGAUCCCGCCUCUGGUCCACCAGAACCAGAACCCCACAUGGAUCCCGCCUCUGGUCCACCAGAACCAGAACCCCACAUGGAUCCCGCCUCUGGUCCACCAGAACCAGAACCCCACAUGGAUCCCGCCUCUGGUCCACCAGAACCAGAACCCCACAUGGAUCCCGCCUCUGGUCCACCAGAACCCCACAUGGAUCCCUCCUCUGGUCCACCAGAACCAGAACCCCACAUGGAUCCCGCCUCUGGUCCACCAGAACCACAACCCCACAUGGAUCCCGCCUCUGGUCCACCAGAACCAGAACCCCACAUGGAUCCCGCCUCUGGUCCACCAGAACCAGAACCCCACAUGGAUCCCGCCUCUGGUCCACCAGAACCAGAACCCCACAUGGAUCCCGCCUCUGGUCCACCAGAACCCCACAUGGAUCCCGCCUCUGGUCCACCAGAACCCCACAUGGAUCCCGCCUCUGGUCCACCAGAACCCCACAUGGAUCCCGCCUCUGGUCCACCAGAACCCCACAUGGAUCCCGCCUCUGGUCCACCAGAACCCCACAUGGAUCCCGCCUCUGGUCCACCAGACCAGAACCCCACAUGGAUCCCGCCUCUGGUCCAGACCAGAACCCCACAUGGAUCCCGCCUCUGGUCCACCAGAACCCCACAUGGAUCCCGCCUCUGGUCCACCAACCCCACAUGGAUCCCGCCUCUGGUCCACCAGAACCAGAACCCCACAUGGAUCCCGCCUCUGGUCCACCAGAACCCCACAUGGAUCCCGCCUCUGGUCCACCAGAACCCCACAUGGAUCCCGCCUCUGGUCCACCAGAACCCCACAUGGAUCCCGCCUCUGGUCCACCAGAACCAGAACCCCACAUGGAUCCCGCCUCUGGUCCACCAGAACCAGAACCCCACAUGGAUCCCGCCUCUGGUCCACCAGAACCAGAACCCCACAUGGAUCCCGCCUCUGGUCCACCAGAACCCCACAUGGAUCCCUCCUCUGGUCCACCAGAACCAGAACCCCACAUGGAUCCCGCCUCUGGUCCACCAGAACCAGAACCCCACAUGGAUCCCGCCUCUGGUCCACCAGAACCAGAACCCCACAUGGAUCCCGCCUCUGGUCCACCAGAACCAGAACCCCACAUGGAUCCCUCCUCUGGUCCACCAGAACCAGAACCCCACAUGGAUCCCGCCUCUGGUCCACCAGAACCAGAACCCCACAUGGAUCCCGCCAACCAGAACCCCACAUGGAUCCCGCCUCUGGUCCACCAGAACCAGAACCCUACAUGGAUCCCCUUCUCCAGGCUUCCAGAACCGACGCUCCAUCCGGCUGGUUUGUUCCAUGAUCCUGGAAAACCUACCAAGUGCUUCCAGAACCGGGCCGCCCCCGUCCAUCACCAGGAGAGCCUCUCCUAUCCAGCACCAACCCAUCGCCUCCAUGUACCUGACUGUAACCAUGGUUACCUGGACACCGAUGGUAGAAGAAGCGGAGCUUUUCUCCGUCAGCACAGGAAUGCAGAUCUCACCAAACUGGUCUGAUUACGGCUCAGCUCCACCUCAACCAGCUCAGAACCUCCACCUCUUCAUGAACACUUCUAACAAGCCUAAGCUUGACCUGUGA